AUGCCCGUCGAGCCCGAGACGUCGCAGGCCCCCAAGGGCGCUCCCAAGAGCACCUUUGUCGACACCUUUGAGAGCCAGCCUGGCACUCCAGGUGAGAGGACCGGCCACCUCUUCCCCACCAUCCAGCGCAUCCGCAACAGCAUGUCUGGCGAGGCUACCGGCCCCCUCAAGAAGCUCAUGGUCGCCAACCGCGGCGAGAUUGCCAUCCGAAUCUUCCGUACCGCCCACGAGCUCGCCAUGACCACCGUCGCCCUCUACAGUUACGAGGACAGGAUGAGCGCCCACCGCUACAAGGCCGACGAGGCCUACCAGGUCGGCGCUGGCCUCAACCCCGUCUCGGCUUACCUCGCCAUCGACGACAUCAUCCGCGUCGCCCUCGAGCACAAGGUCGACAUGAUCCACCCAGGCUACGGUUUCCUCUCCGAGAACCCCAACUUUGCCAAGAAGGUCGAGGAGGCCGGCAUCGCCUUUAUCGGCCCUCGUCCCGAGACCAUCGACGGUCUGGGUGACAAGACCAAGGCACGUGACCUCGCCCGCAAGGCCAACGUGCCCAUCGUCCCCGGUACCCCUGGUCCUAUCGCCAGCUACGAAGAGGCGAAGCCUUUCGUCGAGGAGGUCGGCUUCCCCGUCAUCAUCAAGGCCGCCAUGGGCGGAGGCGGACGAGGCAUGCGAGUCGUCCGAAAGAUGGAGGACUUCAAGGAGUCGUUCGAGCGUGCUGUUUCCGAGGCCAGGUCCGCCUUCGGCGACCCCACCGUCUUCAUCGAGCGCUUCCUCGACCGACCCCGUCACAUUGAGGUACAGCUGCUCGCCGAUGGCGAAGGCAACGUCGUCCACCUCUUCGAGCGAGACUGCUCCGUCCAGCGUCGUCACCAGAAGGUCGUCGAGGUCGCUCCUGCUCCUAACCUUCGCGACGACGUGCGCCAGGCCAUCCUCAGCGAUGCCGUGCGCCUCGCCAAGACCGCCAACUACCGCAACGCCGGUACUGCCGAGUUCCUCGUCGACCAGCAGAACCGCUACUACUUUAUCGAGAUCAACCCUCGUCUGCAGGUCGAGCACACCAUCACCGAGGAGAUCACCGGUAUCGACAUUGUCGGCGCCCAGAUCCAGAUCGCUGCUGGCGCCACCCUGGCCGACCUCGGUCUGAGCCAGGAGAGCAUCCAGAAGCGCGGCUCCGCCAUCCAGUGCCGUAUCACCACGGAAGACCCGGCCGCCAACUUCCAGCCCGACACGGGCAGGAUCGAGGUAUACAGAUCGGCCGGUGGUAACGGUGUGCGUCUCGACGCCGGCUCCGGCUUUGCAGGUGCCCAGAUCACGCCGCACUACGAUUCGCUCCUCGUCAAGGUCAGCUGCCGAGGUGCCACCUACGAGGUGGCACGAAGGAAGAUGCUCCGAUCCCUCGUCGAGUUCCGUAUCCGCGGUGUCAAGACCAACAUUCCCUUCCUCUUCCGUCUGCUGACCCACGAGGCCUUUGCCACGGCCAGCACGUGGACCACCAUGAUCGACGACACCCCCGAGCUCUUCAACCUCGUCCAGACCAAGAACCGUGCCCAGAAGCUGCUGGCCUACCUCGGUGACGUUGCCGUCAACGGAAGCUCCAUCGCUGGUCAGGUGGGCGAGCCCGGUCUCAAGGACGAGAUCCAGAUCCCGACCUUCACGGACCCCAAGGACCCCACCAAGACGCUCGACACCACCAAGCCAUGCUCCGAGGGCUGGAGGAACAUUAUUGUCAACGAGGGCCCCGAGGCCUUCGCCAAGGCUGUGCGUGCGUACAAGGGUACCCUCAUCAUGGACACGACCUGGCGAGAUGCGCACCAGAGUCUCUUCGCCACUCGUCUGCGAACGAUCGACAUGGUCAACAUUGCCAAGGAGACGAGCUACGUGCUCAAGAACGCCUUCUCGCUCGAGUGCUGGGGUGGUGCGACGUUCGACGUGGCCAUGCGCUUCCUGUACGAGGACCCUUGGGAGCGUCUGCGCAAGAUCCGCAAGCUCGUGCCCAACAUCCCGCUCCAGGCGCUCGUGCGCGGUGCCAACGCCGUCGGCUACACCGCCUACCCAGACAACGCCAUCUACGAGUUCAGCAAGAAGGCAGUCGAGUGCGGUCUGGACAUCUUCCGUGUCUUUGACUCGCUCAACUCGCUCGACUCGCUCAAGCUCGGCAUCGACGCCGCCAAGAAGGCGGGCGGUGUGGCCGAGGGCACCAUCUGCUACACGGGUGACGUGGCCAACCCGAGCAAGCACCCCAAGUACACGCUCGAGUACUACCUCAACCUCACCGACGAGCUCGUAAAGACCGGCAUCCACGUCCUCGGUAUCAAGGACAUGGCUGGUCUGCUCAAGCCCACCGCCGCCCGCAUGCUCAUCGGCGCCAUCAGGGAGAGGUAUCCGGACCUGCCCAUCCACGUGCACUCGCACGACACCGCCGGUAUCGCUCUCUCGAGCAUGCUCGCCUGUGCCGAGGCCGGCGCCGAUGUGGUGGACGUUGCCAUCGACAGCAUGAGCGGUCUCACCUCGCAGCCCUCGAUGGGUGCACUCGUCAGUGCGCUCGAGCAGACCGGCCUCGGCGCCGGCAUCCGCCACGAGGACAUCCAGAACCUCAACCUCUACUGGAGCCAGGUUCGUCAGCUCUACCAGUGCUUCGAGGCCAACGUCAAGGCGUCCGACUCGUCCGUCUUCGACCACGAGAUGCCCGGUGGCCAGUACACCAACCUCAUGUUCCAGUCGCAGCAGCUCGGUCUCGGCACCCAGUGGAAGGAGAUCAAGACCGCCUACAUCCAGGCCAACAAGCUCUGCGGCGACAUUGUCAAGGUGACUCCCUCGUCCAAGGUGGUCGGCGACUUUGCGCAGUUCAUGGUGGCCAACAAGCUCAGCGCCAAGGAUGUCGAGGAGCGCGCCGACAAGCUCGACUUCCCCAGCUCGGUCAUCGAGUACUUCCAGGGCUACCUCGGCACGCCCCCCGGUGGCUUCCCCGAGGAGCUGCGCAGCAAGAUCAUCCGCGACAAGAAGCGCGUCGAUGGCCGUCCCGGUGCGACCAUGGAGCCGAUCGACUUUGCCCAGGUCCGCAAGGACCUGACCGCCAAGUACGGCCGCUCGAUGAGCGCGACGGACGCCAUCAGCUACGUCAUGUACCCCAAGGUCUUUGAGGAGUUCCAGUCGUUCCUGGACCAGUAUGGCGACCUCAGCAACCUGCCCACUCGCUACUUCCUCGGCAAGGCGCACCCGGGCGAGGAGCUGCACGCCUACAUCGACCGCGGAAAGCUGCUCAUCGUCAAGCUGCUCGCCGUCGGUGCGCUCAACACCAACAACGGCACGCGCGAGGUCUUCUUUGAGCUCAACGCCGAGCCGCGUGCGCUCACCAUCGAGGACCGCAGCGCCGCCGUCGAGACCGUCACGCGCCCCAAGGCCACCUCGGACCCUGGCAGCGUCGGCUCGCCGCUUGCCGGUGUCGUUGUCGAGAUCCGCGCCAAGGAGGGCCAUGCGGUCAAGGCCGGAGACCCGCUCUUCAUCAUGAGCGCCAUGAAGAUGGAGACCGUCGUCUCGGCGCCCGUCGGCGGUCACGUCAAGAAGGUCUACGUCGAAGGCAACGACUCGGUCUCGCAAGGCGACCUGCUUUGCGAACUCGAGCACUAG